ACAUGAUACCACUUAUCAGUGUAUUUUAGUGGUUCGUGACAUUCAAACAUUCGUUAUUGACGGCUCGAGUGUUUAAUUUUUACAGCCUCAAUAACAUGAAUUCAUCAGAGAAAUAUAAUUGUGUCAUACAAACAUUAGAUGGACCAGUUCGUGGUUUUAUGGACGAUACAGAUGAACAAAUUUGUUAUAAAUUUAAAGGGAUACCGUACGGAAAACCUCCUCUAGGGUCAUUACGAUUUCUGCCGCCAGUACCUAAUGAUCCAUGGACAGAAGAGAUUGACUGUACACAAGAAACACCAGUACCACUCUUUUCCUGCGAAGACGGCAAAAUGGGAUCAGAAGAUUGUCUCUAUAUCGAGAUAUCGACACCAAAUCUAAAACCUUCCAAACCCUUACCAGUUAUAUUCUGGAUUAAUAGCGUUAUCUUUUCACAUUGGAUAAUUGAUUUCUGCGAUUCUGCCACAAUUACCAAUCAUGGUGUAGUGUUCGUAACAUGCAGUUUUCGAAUUGGUCCUUUUGGAUUUCUUUCUUUUAAUGAUUGCACAGCACCUGGUAACUGUGGCCUAAAAGAUAUAGUUCUAGCAUUAAAAUGGGUGCAAAUGAACAUUAGUCGUUUUGGAGGUGAUCCUGAGAAUAUAACACUUUGUGGAAGUAACAGUGGAGGAUCCAUAGUACAUCUCAUGAUGUUGUCCCCUAUGGCGAAAGGUUUAUUUCAUAAGGCUAUAAUUCAAAGUGCUAGUGCUCUGAAUAACUGGUCUUUGUCACUAAACCCAUCUUUGACGGCAACUGAGCUUUGUCAGCAAUUAGGAAUAACAAAAAUAGAAAGACAUGAAAUUAUUGAAGAAUUAAGAUGUUUACCUGCCCAUGACAUUAUAAAUGCAUUUAAUAAUCUAAAUUGUCGUUUAAACGAUACACCCCAUAAUGAUAUUUUCGAUGCUGUUUUCAAACCAUGCAUAGAAGAUGAAUUUGAAGGCCAAGCAGCAUUUCUUACCAGAACUCCGCUCAUAAUUAUAAAAUCAGGAAACUUCAACAAAGUGCCUUUUAUAAUUGGAAGUAAUAACACGGAAGCUUCUAUAUUAGACCACAUUAAAUGGGAUUAUUACAAAAGUAAUCUAGAAAAACUCCAAGAGAAUGCUGGAUUUCUAGUGCCGAGAUCCCUAUGUGUUGAAGAAAGUAAAUCAAAACUUGUUGGGGAACAGAUUUUAAAGUUUUAUUUAGGAGAUUUUGAAAGUCUCACAGAAAAAACUAAAAAACAGUAUCACCAAAUUAUGAGUGAUUACUAUUUCCUCUAUUACUUAAAUAAAACUGUACGAUUACAUAGUGAAUAUUCGCCCGAAUUCCCAAUAUUUUACUAUAUACUUAAUUGCACUGGCGAAUGGGAAGUUCCGGAGAAGUUAGAAAUACUAAAUUUAUCUGGACAUUUCACUGAACUUGGAUUUAUAUUUCAAAUCAAAUUUGAUUCCAAAAAAUGUAAAGGAAGUCGCGAUUCUCAAAUCACUAGAAGCAGAAUGGUCAAAAUGUGGACUAAUUUUGCUAAACAUGGAAAUCCAACUCCUGACCAGGACGAUCCAUUGUUACAAGUCACAUGGGACCCAGUUGAAAAUAAGGAUCAAUUACAUUAUAUUAAUAUAGGUACAGAUAUAACAAAAGGUAGAAAUCCAUUCUACGAAAGAAUGUCAUUUUGGGAUAAAUUCUACAAAGAUAAUGUGUUUUUAAAAGCUAACGCAUAUUUUAAUGGUAUGGGCAUAGCAUGGUAGGAGAAUCAAUUUGCUGUCUAAUAGACCAGGUCGACAUGCUGGUUCAAAUUAUUAUUCCAAUAUAGAAAGCAAGUGAGCGAUUCAAUUAUGAUGAGCGAACAUUUGACCGGUUUCUUGCAAAAUUAACGGGAAAAAAAAAUAUAGCUCUGUAGAUACAUACAAAGACAGAGCAAUUAUUUUUUCGCACACUGGAUCAUUCUACCGACUCAUGAAUCGACAAAUUGUUAAAGUUAAUGUAAUUUGGACCACAAUCGAAACGAAGACUCGUGAUUCGACUGACAUAAAUCUAUUUAGAUGUGAAAAUGACUUCGCAAGCAGAACUGAAUCAUAUACAAAAUAAAUAAAUUGUUAAUGUAAAGAAGGUAUGUACAAUCACGAACACAAUUAAAAUAUGUAUAAAAUCAUCAUACUAUUAUACACUAUUUUUACUUAGUAGAGAAUCUAUAUAAUAAAUCAUACAUUUCUCAUCUACUUUCAAGUAAAUUUUUAAACACGACUGAAUAUUACGACUGAAUUUGAGUUAUAUUAACUAUAGGUUUUCUUAUAUUUUAAUACUUUUGU